AUGGCGAUCAAGGUGAAAAUGAAAUAUGACAAGUAUUGGGGAGACUUUGAAAAAAUUAACCCCCUGUUGUUUGUCGCUUCUGUGCUUGAUCCACGUUACAAGAUGGUCAUUUUAGAAUUUUGGUUCACGAGUAAUGUAAGUGAAGAAAAAGCAAAGAAGAUUACCACCAAAUUGAAGAAUGCCUUGGAGCAGUUGUAUGAUCACUAUGAUAAAAAUGUUGGAGUAGGAGGAAGUAGAAACGGGUUGUCAAAUGAAGAUCAGAGUUGUGAAAUUUCAGCCUCAAUGCCACUGGAUGCAGCCCGUGCGGCCCAUGCGGGUAGAAAUAGGAAAGAUGCUUUAAAAGACUUCCAUUCAUUUUGGGCGUCCAAAAAUUUGUUGUUGUGUCAAACAGAGAUAGAACGAUAUUUUGCAGAAGAUGUUGAGCCACCUUGUGAAACUUUUGAUGCUUUGAUGUGGUGGAAGAUAAAUUCAGGAAAGUUUCCGGUUCUAUCUGAGGUAGCACGAGAUGUCUUGGCAAUUCCAAUUACCAUUGUUGCUUCUGAGUUAGCAUUUAGCACUGGAGGUCGCGUCAUUGAUCCUUUUCGGAGUUCUUUAGCUCCGAAAACAGUGGAGGCUCUUAUAUGCACUCAAUAUUGGUUGAGAUCUUCUUGGGUCAGUGAGCAUGAUGAGUUACAUCAAACUACUGUUGAAGAUGAAGAUAGCUACAAGCUUGACUUAGAAAUUAUGUCUGACUCCAUCACAUUUGACAAUUGA